GCUCCAUCAUCUUGAUGUAAGAUGGGAGCGCCUCUGCAACCGCAAUCCUCGGCUGUACCUCAGCCACUAGUGGUACUCCCGGAGCUUGUGCUGGUACCCUCUCCGGUAGCCUCUCUAACAGCCUCAUCAACAAGUCCGCAAUGCGGUCAUCUCGAGCCUGAGCAACGCCCACUGGAACUCCAUCCACAACGGCACCCCCACCGGCCAAACCCUCAGGCUCCUCCUGAUCCGUCUGCAGACUCCCGACCAGCUCAACCGUAACACUCUGUGCCACACUCUCAUCCGCUACCGGAGCCCCGACGCCCUGACCACGACCACGGC